UGCAAGAGCUACCCAAGGGAACCGCAACAGCGAGCUCUGAAACAGCAAUGGGAGAAGAAAUUGAAGAGGAAGCAGUCCAGCUUGCGCGCUCGCGAGGGAGGCACAUAAAUAAGAGGGCUCUCAAGAACAAAGCUCUCGCUGUCAGUUUCAAUGAGAAAGAUCUCAAGGACUAUGUGGGUGGGUUUCAUAAGAGGAAGAAGAAAAGGAGAAAGGAAGCAGAGAAGCAGCAAGAGGAGGCGGAUAGGCGAAAACGCAUUGAACAGCGCAAAAAGAGAAAAUUUGAGAAAGAACUGGCUCUCCAUGGUGGAGUUCCACCAGUCACUGGUUCCACACCCAAUGCAAGUGACGACUUCCAAGAAGAGGAAGAAGAUGAUCAGCCAAUCGCAUCUAUUUCUGGGACAACAACAUAUGACAAUGGCAACAUGAAAGUCACAGUGACAACAAGUGAGAUCUCCCAUCAACAAGAAAUCUCCCCCAUCGACAAAACACUGGCUGUAGCAGUGCCCCAAUCAACUGGAGCUGACAGGAAGCACAAUGUACCCUUGAGUAAGAAGAAAACAUUCAAGAGAGUUGGGAAGCAAAAAUCACGGCCAAAGCCACAAAAUAAAAGAGACAAGAAAAAAGGAAAGAAAAAGAACAAGAAGACGCGCUAGCCUUGUCUGGUUGACCGACCAUGAGUUUAAGGAGCUUGGCUGCUGAGAACUUCUGCUUGGUUUUGUGGAGCUUUGGUUGGCAAGGGAAUUCAGUGACCUCUCUCUCUUUAUGCCUAACUAUCAUUAGAUUUUGUCUUGAAGAGCUUUACGACCAAACUUUACAAUUGGUCAGACUAAAUAUUUCUUCCCCUUUACGGAGUCAGAAAAAACGAUUAUUGCUGUACGCUGCUGGUCUUUUAACGAAUCUGCGUUAAAAAUUAAAAAUUA